AUGGAUCAAAAACAACACAUGUACCGUGGUAUUGUGCGGUGUCUAGUGCGUGGCCAGCGGCGUGCCCUCGACGGUCGCUUACAAUUGGAACAACAGCGGGCCCGCAUUAUCGCCCUGUCACGUGGCACCGCCCGUGGCGAGCCAACCCGCGACACCACACCGAGAGGCAGCAGAACCCACUUCUUCCUCCCCGCGAAAGAGACUUCCCAGCUCCGCGGGCUCGUCGCCUCCGCACCCGCGGACCACGUGGCGGACGUAUUGCGGUUUCUGACUCACCAACAGCAGUACGAGUCCUUGAAGGAGAGGUACACUACGUCACAGAUGUCGCAAGUGGAGCGUGUUGCCAAGACCGCCAAUAGAGUUGGUUUAUCGGUCCCUGAAACACAGCCGCCAACCUCGAGACACUAG